AUGGAUCUCUCGGCCGGAGACCCAUCCGAGAAGCUGAUUGCUUUGAGUUCGCUCUCGCAGCGUCGUAGCGCCUGGCCAGACGAGGAUUGGUCGGGCAUCACCGACCCGAAAACACGCCGGAGGCUUCAAAACCGCCUGAACCAAAGGGCUCGACGACUACAUAAUAAGAAACCACUCGACCGUUUAGAAAACAGAAAGACAGAGGAUUACAAUGGUUUUCCUAUAAGUGAGCAGCAUGAAUCAAUGAAACUGGCUCUUCUGUCUCAGAUCGAUCCCUCUCUAGCAGAAAUCGAGAUCGUGCAUAUACUGGAAUCUAGUUGCCCGGUGACGAAAACAAGAAUGGCCCGAUUAGAACGAAUAGCUCUUCAGUACUACGCCUUGGGCUCCCCGCGAACGGAUCUGCUACUCAACCUAAUCUCACUAAAUUUCACCAGGGCCCUGAUGGAAAACACGAGAAUACUCGGCCUCACAUCCGACCAGCUCCACGAUGAUGCAAUUUCGCCAUUCAACAUUGCCGGCCCAUGGGUAGACGCUACUCUCUAUACCCUUCCAGUAAAUCUCCAACCCACUGCGAUCCAGCGCUCUAUCCCACAUCACCCAUGGCUAGACCUUCUUCCUGUCCCCCAAAUGAGGGAUAAUUUAAUCCUUGCUGGAGAUUUCGAGGAGGAAGCCCAGCUUUGUUUAGAUAUGAAGGGUAAUGGAAGCGCGCCCUCAGGAAGAAGCGGCGUUAUUGUUUGGAGCGACCCUUGGGACCCGGCGGGGUGGGAGGUGACUGAAUCUUUUGUUCGCUCUUGGGGCUGGGUUAUCAGCAAUUGUUAUGAUCUGGCCCUUUCGACAAAUCGGUGGCGAGCGAAGCGGAACGAAAAGCCGCUGUUUCGCAUCAAUUGA